UUCGCGGCUCUCCUCCGACUCGGACGGUUUUCUCGGCCAACAGUCGGCGAGAUGUUCAUCGGUAGAAUUUUCACUGGCACCGUCUUCACCACCAGGUUCUUUCCUCCCUAUCGCUGCUCACUGUUUUCUCUCUUUCCAUUUUCAACCAUCGACAUUCCCGUUAAUCACCUGGAGAACAAACCACCAUCCGAGGGUCACACUGAAAACGAUUGUCGUCACAUCGGUGAAUCCCAUAUCCUAAAUCAAUUGUCCGAGCUUUUACCAAUCCGUCACAUCUCUUCAAUUCGAAAAUCCACUGCAGUGAGUUCGUCUGACGCACAAAAGCAAUCGGAAACUAUGGCCCUUGAUGGGUUUUUACCGCCCGAAGAUAAGUUCCGAGGGGUUUUUCUUCAGAAACUCCGCGGGAUAUCUGCAAUUGAGAGGGCAUUAGCUUCUAUUGGUCUAGACCCAACACUCGAUUUAGUAGCUAAAGUUGUGAAUAGAGGAAAUUUAGGAGGUGAGGCCAUGGUUACGUUUUUCAGUUGGGCGAUGAAGCAGAAAACUAUAGCAAAAGACGCAAAUACUUACAAUGUGAUUCUUAAAGCAUUAGGAAGAAGGAAAUUUUUCACACACAUGAUGGCAUUGUUCGAAAACAUGAGAGCCGAGGGGAUCACUCCUACUUCAACUACAAUUUUCAUUGUUUUGGAUAGUUUUAUUCGAGCCCGCCAAGUCUCAAAAGCUAUCCAAUUGUAUGGAAAACUAGAGGACUAUGGUUUAAAAUGCGAUACCGAGGCUUUGAAUGUCCUUUUGCAGUCUUUGUGCAGGAGAUCACAUGUGGGUGCUGCAAGUUCCUUGCUUGUUAAAAUGAAAGAGAGAGUGGCCUUGGAUGGUAUGACCUAUAGUAUAGUUAUUGGUGGGUGGGCAAGAUUUGGUAGAGUUAAUGAAAUUGAGACGGCUUUGAAAAAUAUGAUAGAAGAUGGUUUUGAUCCAGAUAACAUGACUUAUAGUUAUGUUCUUGAAGGUUUAGGAAGGGCUGGUCAACUUCAUGAUGCAAUUGAGGUAUUUGAAGGUCUAGACGAGAAAGGGCAUAUACAACAUGCUGAGGUUUACAAUUCAAUGAUUUCUAAUUUUAUCUCGGUGGGUCAGAUUGAUGAAGGUUUGAAGUAUUACCGAAGGAUGUUGAGUAACAACUGUGAGCCAAAUGCGGAGACAUAUAUAAGGCUGAUAUCUGCUUUUCUCAAGGCCAGAAGAGUGGCUGAUACAAUUGAAAUGUUUGAUGAAAUGAUAGGCAAAGGUAUAAUUCCCAGUACUGGAACUGUAACCUAUUUUCUUGAGCCUUUAUGUAGCUAUGGACCGCCUCAUGCUGCUUUGAUGAUUUAUAAGAAAGCUAGAGAAGCUGGAUGUGUGAUAUCACCGAGUGCUUUUAAGUUGUUGCUUAUGAGGCUUUCUAGGUUUGGUAAAUGCGGGAUGCUACUAAAAAUCUGGAACGAGAUGCAAGAAAGCGGCUAUUCUUCUGAUAUACAAGUUUAUGAAUAUGUCAUCAAUGGACUUUGCAACAUAGGGCAGCUUGAGAAUGCUGUCCUUGUAAUGGAGGAAGCAUUGCAGAAGGGAUUUUACCCGAGCAAGCUUAUUUGUAGCAAACUGAGCAACAAACUGCUGGCAUCGAAUAAAAUAGAGACUGCUUAUAAGCUUUUCCUGAAGAUAAAAACUGCCCGUAGCAACCAAAAUGCUCAAAGAUACUGGCGUGCUAAAGGGUGGCAUUUCUGAUCUCUCAUGGAUGGCAUUACCUUGUGACACUGUUUCCCAAAUUACUAGACUGCAAAUUCAGAGUGAUGGGUUUUCUUGAAUGCAGACUGUCCAUAUUCCCUCAGGUGCAAGCUUGUUUCGGUGGUAUUGUAAUGAAGAAUCACUGACACUAAACUUUUUUGUAGAUCAAGAAUUAUGCCUGAUUGUGACUGCCAUUCUAAAGGAUGGUAUCAUAGAACAGGUGCUGUUACUUCAGUAGUGUCUGGAUUUCUUGGAAUUAAAAUUGCAACUUAUGCAAAUGCCAGGACUACCUUGGAGGCUAGAAAGGGUGUUGGGAAGGCUUUCAUCACAGCAUUUAAGAUCAGGUGCUGUGAUGGGUUUCCUUCUUGCCACUAAUGGUCUUUUGGUGUUGUACAUUGCUACCAAUCUCUUCAAGUUGUACUAUGGUGAUCAUUGGGAAGUUUGAGGCUAUAACUGGAUAUGGUCUUGGUGGAUCUUCUAUGGCCCUAUUCGGCAGAGUUGGUGGAGGUAUAUAUACAAAAGCUGCAGAUUUCAGAGCUGAUCUUGUGGGCAAGGUUGAGAGAAACAUCCCCGAGGAUGAUCCUAGAAAUCCAGCGGUGAUUGCUAACAAUGUUGGUGAUAAUGUUGGAGAUAUUGCUGGCAUGGGAUCAGACUUGUUUGGUUCAUAACUUCAUAUGCAGAAUCAUCUUGUGCUGCCCUUGUUGUUGCUUCAAUAUCUUCCUUUGGGGUCAACCAUGAGUUGACUGCUAUGCUAUAUCCUCUCCUCGUUAGUUCUGUGGGUAUCCUUGUUUGUCUGCUCACCACCCUAUUUGCGACUGAUUUCUUUGAAGUCAAGGGAG